GAAAGUUUUGAAAAGUGUGAAAGUAGUACUGAAAGCAAUCGGUAAACCCGAUGAUUAUUUUUGCAGUUUAUUCUGGAUCCCAAUAAGUGACAGACUUGCACGGGCAUGGAUGUUUUGUUAUAUGAUAUAUUAUGAUAUAUGCUAGUGGCACUCAUGGCAUGAUAAUAAUAAGAACUUAUCAUUGUUGUACUUCCAGGAGACCUAGAAGUCUCCUUGGUACCUCCCUUUGAAACAGUAGAACAGCAGUUCUGUAACAAUAUAUUUUCUGUUGGAAUAUUUGCAGCAAUUUUUAGAUGGCAACUGAACUUGACGAUGAUCAACGAUUCUCCAAUGAAGAAGUCAGCUCUAUCGUUCACGAGUGCGUCGACAAUGCUAUUGGGGAAAAUUCCUUUUCUAAUGAAAUGGCAUCAAUUUGGUCAAGCACCAUAGCUUCAGCUUGCAUUGCUAAUCUAAAUAAGCUGAACAAGCCCUACAAAUAUACAAUGACCUGCAGCAUUAUGCAGAAGAAUGGUGCCGGUGUACAUUCAGCCAGCUCUUGCUAUUGGGAUAACUCAAAUGAUGCAGUGUGCUCUGUACAAUGGGAGAAUGAUACUAUUCGCUGCAUAGUUAAUGUGUUUGGCUUUGCCCUGUAAAUUAGGACCGUCCUUUAAGGUUCGGAGAUAAUCAAAUUAAAACUAUAAAUCAUAUGAAUUAUCAGACCAGCUACGGUUAUUGCUUUACCACACCUCUUUCACGAUGGACAUGUGUCUAAUCCAACUUUUUAAGAAAGAUAUGCCAAUGUUUGGUUGUUUAUCAAAAUCUAUGACAAAGUUAAAAUAAUGGUCAAGCAGCAGCUGCUUUU